AUGAAGAACAUGGACUCUACCGACCUGCUGAUGCUCGCCGCUUCCCAAGCCGACUCUGGCGGAAAGGGAAAAGGGAAAGGACGAGAUCCUCUGUCGAGUGGGAAAGGCAAGGGUCGUCAGAAUGUGAAGAGAUCCUGGUGGUCUACCAAUUGGCAUGAUGACGACUGGUGGCACUGGCCUAAGAAGGCCAAAGACAACUCGACGGCUGAGCCUGGACGAGUUUCGUCUAAACCAACAGAGAAGAAGGUAGGCUAG